AUGGAUUUGGUUGGUGACGAUGUCAAUGUUGAUGAAAUCGGGGAUAUAGAUUGGGAAAAAGAUAACAACGACGGUGAAGAGGAGUUUGAAGCCAACUAUGAAGUCGAUGACGAAAAUAAGGAUGGAGACUUGACAGGUGAAAGCGAUGUUGCGGUGGAAGAUGGUGAGUUUAGUGUCGAAAUAGAAUUUGGUUCUAGGGAUUCGGUGAUAUCUGUAAUCAAAAGAUACACUAUCUCUAGAGGAGUGGAUUACACUGUUUAUGAGUCUGAGCUGCAAACAUUCUAUACAAAAUGCAAGGGUUAUAGUGCAGGGUGCGAUUGGCUUAUUCGAGCUAACUUGAUUCGAAAGAAGGAGUGUUAUACCAUCAGGCCGUUGGUUGAAGUGGACCCGUCGAUAAAGGUGAAGUCUAUUAUUGCAGAAGUUCAGUCGAUGUUCAACUACACUGUAAGUUACCGUAAGGCUUGGUUGGCAAAGCAAAAACCUGUCGCAAAAUUUUUCGGUGAUUGGGAAGUUUCUUACCAAAUUCUACCGGUAUGGUUGAAAGUAAUGACUGAGAAGAUACCAAGGUCUUGUGUUCAAAUAAAAACGCUCCCCGUUUACCAUGAGAAUGAGGUUGAUGGCACACACCUGUAUGGGAAGUAUAAAGGUCCACUUCUAGUUGCAGUUGCACAAGAUGGGAACCAAAAUAUUGUGCCUAUUGCUAUUUUAGGACAGAACAGGAGUACAACAAAAACUACCAAUGGCUUAAAGAGUGAGGUGAGGCAUAUACUCAAUGGUGAGAUGAGAUUGGUGUUGAGAGAUGGGUGUUGGCAUUUGACGGGGGUUAUCAUUGGGGACAUAUGA